AUGAGCGUGGACGAAUUGAAGGCCCGUGGAAACGACGCAUUCAAGAAAGGAAACUUCAUGGACUCUGCCAGACUGUACUCAGAGGCCAUCCUGCUUGACCCUGCGGUUUCCGUGCUCUACUCAAACAAGGCCAUGGCGUACCUGAACCUUAAAGACUACCAGGGGGCCCUAACUACAUGCAACCAGGGCCUGCUCCAAACGGCUCCGGACGACAAGACAAAGGUGAAACUUUUGUGGAGGAAGGCCACGGCGCUUAGAGAGCUGCUGCGCUUCGAGGAGGCGAAAACGUGUCUCCAUUCCGCGCUGGAGAUCGACCCUUCAAAUCAAACAGUUAUAAAUGACCUGCAGCUGGUAAACUCCAAGAUAACCGAGUCAGAGUCCGAAUGGAUCGAGAUCCCGAUCGAAAAAGUGCGCCAAAUCCCACCAGGAUACCUCCCAGAAGCCAAGAUGCUCAAGCUGGACGAAGUAGACCUCCCGCAAUUGCCUCAACCAGAUAAUUUCCCUGCGUCCCCAUCAGCUCUGUUUUUAACAGAACUAUCCCGCAAACCUGAAAACGAAAGAAAAUCUUAUUAUAACUAUGUUAUUCAAUUGGAUAACUCGGUUUACACCUCGCUCUUUGCUAAAUCAGGCAUCGACUCAGCAUUCCUCGAGUUCUUCCUCGAAGCCUCCAUCAACUACUUGCAAUCAGACCAAUCCCUUCUAAUAAACAACAUCGUCAAUCACGUCCAAUCCUUCGUCAAGACUCCGAGAUUCUCAAUAGCCUCUAUGUUCAUCCCAAGCUCUACGGUGGACACACUGUUCGCCCUGAUCGAACAGAAAACGUCUCAGAACUUGAAAUCAAUCUGGAACUGA